AUUUGCAGCCAGAUCCAACUGCACCAAGCCGACUCAGCCUUUCUAGGUUCCCAAUAGGGGUUCGAUCCUUACUUGAACUUCGGUUCACCUGUCUGUUAGAUAGGUGUUACCAAUGAUAAACAUUCAUCAUAUGGCUAGGUAGAGAGAUGGUAUCUACCUAAAACGAUGUCCAUAUUCAUACAGGGCUGGUCAGUUUCAAGGCAUGGAGGGGUAUGUGGGGCGGGGGCUUUGUGCUCGCCGAUGACAAAAUUCUGCACCACAUCCAAUCCAGAAGCCACAAGCUUGCAGCUUUUCCGUUUGACCCCUAUUUGGCCUGCUUUGGCGUGACUUGUGGUAUCUGCCUACAUAGGUUAUUCUGCCUGAUCUUGGUUCACCUAGCACAUACACAUUGCAUUCUCCCAUCCCAAGCAUGUCGAAUCCUUACCUCCUCGCCGCCGACAACUCCCCCGCCCUUCUUCCCCUUCUCCGCGAGAACCCGUCCCUCGCACGGGGUCAAGACGAACACGGCUACUCUCUGAUACAUGCCGCCGCGAGCUAUGACCAUCUGGACCUCCUCCGAGCCCUCGUUGGCGAAUUCCACGUCCCCGUCGACCUAAAGGACGAGGAUGGCGAGACCGCCCUGUUUGUAGUCGAGACAGUGGACGCUGCGAGGGUGCUAGUCCAAGAGCUGGGCCUGGAUCCAAAUAUCACCAACGACGACGGCCUCACAGCGAAAGAGAAGAUUGAGGCCGAAGGCGACUGGCCAGGAGUCACCCAGUUUCUCGCUGGCAUUGAGACGGCGGGAGGCUCGGGAGGCGAGGCUCGCGCUGGCAGCGCAGGGGUCGAAACAAACGGCGAGGUGGCGGUACCGAUGGAGCUCCCGUCUGGCCCCGACGGGCUGCAGGUCAGAGUGGGCACGAUGUUAGAACCCGAAGAGACCAGCCAGGAGGUGGAUGCGGAAUUUCGGCAGAGGAUAGAAGAGCUUGCUGCUAGGCCGGACUUUGAUACGCCUGAAGCCCAAGCCCAGCUACGCCAGCUGAUUCGGGAUGCCGUCACAGAUCAGGAGCUAAGCGAGGACCGAAACGUGCGGCCCAGGCAAGGUUGAAGGGCCGGGAA